GAUUUGGAUGUGACACCUGGUCAAUAAUUUGGCUAUUAGGCAAAUAUAUUCUCUUUUUCCUGAAACAAGAUGGAUGCAAAGGAUAUGUGCUCCUGUGGUACUUCUGCUCUCAUUACCGAGCCACAGUUUACUCAGCUAUUCAGGAAACGCUUGCAGAGAGAGGGGAUCCUGGACAGCCAGUACUGCGUGCAGAAACUUCCAAAUGGUGCCGUGGCGUUGCCUGUGCUAGGCCAAAGCCUCACAGCGCAGCGCCUGCAGCAGUUGAAGGAGAGCAUCCCACCUGGGAGAACCUGUGCUCUGACAUGGAUCCAGGACCCCACUCCCUCAAAAGCAACCAAGGUCCGUUCGCCCUUCCGGAAACUGUGCGAUGAGAUACAACACCUGAUGUUGAUCCGUGGAGCCACCUGGUCAGAAGAGCUGGAGAGAGAUCUUCCACGUUCCUGGCAGCGGCACGGGGACCUGGUUCUGCUGAGUGAGGACAGCUUCAGAGCAACGCUAUGGAGAGACCUGGGACAAGAGCUCUGGGAAGUGGUCGCUGGCGCUCUGGGGGCCCGGCGUUUAGCCAGACGUGGCCGUGUGCAGGCGGAUUUAUUUCGAUCCCCAACAGUGAGCCUGUUGCUGGGCCAGGAUGGCUGGGUUGAACAUGUGGACAACGGAAUCCGGUACAUGUUUGACGUGACCCGGUGCAUGCUCUCUCCAGGAAACAUCACCGAGAAGCUGCGGAUAGCGUCUCUGCAGUGCGCUGGGGAAGUCGUGGUGGAUCUCUAUGCUGGGAUUGGCUAUUUCACCCUGCCGUACCUAGUUCAUGCUGGUGCUGCCUUCGUCCAUGCCUGUGAGUGGAGCCCCCAUGCUGUGGAAGCCCUGCGGAGGAAUUUGCACCUGAAUGGUGUGCAGGAUCGGUGUCGGGUUCACCAGGGAGACAAUAAGAAGCUGGAACUGCGGGACGCGGCCGACAGGGUGAAUCUGGGACUGAUCCCCACGUCGGAGGAAGGCUGGCCAGUUGCUUGCCGCGUUCUGCGGAAGGACGUUGGAGGCAUCCUUCAUAUUCACCAGAACGUGGAAUCCUUCCCGGCAAAGGCCCUUGAGAUGCCAGAGAAGGACUGGUCUCCUAAGCAAGAUCUGGUGCAUGUAUCUAAUGCACAAGAGGUCGAAGUGUCCCACGGAGACCACAGUGUUCUACAGGAUGUUGAAAGGAGGGACCCGACCCAUGCCGCCAGGUGUGAGUGGCAGACAUGGGCGGAGGCCACCGGGACCCGAAUCCGGACUUUGCUUCAGGAGUUGGACGGGAAGCAGUGGAGGACAAAAACCCUGCACGUUGAGCAGGUGAAAUCUUACGCCCCUCACGUGCACCAUCUAGUCUUGGAUCUGGACUGUCGGCCCGCCGCGUAGCGCGCAGAAGCAGCGGCCUCGGUCGUAGGAGCAACCCUAGAACAUCGUCUUCUUACUUGGGCAGGGGACUUUGCAACGAACAGGAUUGGUUGCAGGUAGCCGGGUUCGAAGCCCACCUCAUGCUAGCCCACUGCCACAGCCCUUGAUGCUGGCAGCUGAAAGCGUCAUUGGUGAACGGGGUCUUUUCAGAGCUGUUUCCUGAUAGUUAAGAUCAGGGACGGCUCCACGGGUGUUGAAGGAGCCUGGCCAGCCCCAGGCAAGUAGAAGUGACUUCUGUAUGCUGGGAAUUGUUUUAGAUUUACACCUGCAUUCAAAAAUUGAGAGAUCCUCUGUUGUAUAUGUAAAGGAAGAGCGCCCAGCACCCAGCUGGCUUCUUGACUGGAUUUAGCACGGAUCCCCAGGCACAGACACUCACAGCUCACAAAAGGAGUUUUAAGACCA